CUCGCCGAGAUCGACAUCACAGACGUGCAAGAAGAUGGUCAGUUCUUCUGCAGAAUUCGGGAACGGUACCUUGAAGCCCGCAGCUUCCGGGUUAAGUACUUCUUUAUUAAGCCGGUGGACGUCCAUUUUGUUCAGUUCUCCCUAGAAGACCGCCAUCGAGUGGGUAUCCUCGACAAGCCAAUGGCGAUACCGAGCGCGGCCGAGAUGGCUGCCGAGGGAUAUGGCUACCAUCCGUGGCCACUCAAGCCGCCGCCCGUCCCGGCCAACAUCUUCCUGCACCAUCUGUCGCACCAGGCGGGGCACCGGCGCCUGCUCUGGGGCAACCGGAUCCCCCAGAAACUUCACCAGAGCAUCUUGCAGGGCGGGAGCUCCAAUGACCUGGUUGUGGGCUGGGGCGUGCAUAUCGUCGAGGGGCUCAACAAAGUCACGAUUCUUGCUGCCAUGUUGGUGGCAUUGCUGGCGAGCGGAGUCAUCUCUGUCACGUAUGCGGUUGCGCGCGGCGACGUCCAGGGCGGGUUCGGGAUCGGGGCGUGGUUGACGGGUGUGCAAGGGCUGGUCGUGAUGCUGGUUGCCACGAAGUGGAGCGAGCUGUGACAGAUGCUGGAAAAAAUGAUUUGUGUACCUACGUCAAUGUACAUCGUCGUAUUGGGCUGUUAGCAUCUAGCCAAUUCAAGUUGCACUGAAGAUA